CCUGGGGGUGUUGUGGCCGCAGUGAAUCAUCUUGACCAGCGUGACUCUCUGACGCUGUCACAGACCCCGGCCUGCCGACGUGGCGGGGCGGAAGAAGAGCCGCUGGCUGGCUGGCACCAAACGGGUCACCAUGUCUCAGGCUGCCCCCUCUGAUGCAGAGCCUUGCACAGACAGCGGACCUCCGUCUGGACCUGCUCCCCUCACUGAUCCCGGCCCUCAUCAGGGUGAAUCAGCACUCCGUGAUCAUCCGACGGCUCCGCUGCCGCCUUCUCUCAACGCAGAGAGCACAGACUUCCAUCAUGAAGCUCAGCAGACUGCCGUGGAAGACACUACGACCAAACCUGAAACAUCUGAGGGUCUGUCAGAGCCUCCUGCUGGGAAUCAGGUGGUUGAAUGUGACCAAGCAGUGAGCCUGGAGCCAGAUCCAGAGAGCUUGGAGGAAGAGGAGAAGGUGUCGGUCCAGCAGAAAGACCAGGGCUGGGGAGGCUGGAGUACUUGGGGAAAAUCUCUUCUGAGCAGUGCCACCUCCACCGUUGGACACAGCCUGAGCUCCGUUAAAGUGAAGGCAGGUGAGGCUCUUCGUCUCCACAGGACCUCGGUAGGGGAGGAGGCGCUAGAAGAGGAGGACGAGGGAGCAGGGGAGAGGAAAGAGGGAGCAGAUCCUGACAGAGCCAGCUUAGAGGAGUCAGCCCCUGCGAGUGCUGCCCCUUCUGCUGCACCCAGUAGGGGAGUUUUCUCCACAAUCACACAUGCUGUACAGAACACUGGUAAGUCGGUCAUCAGUGGAGGACUGGAUGCCUUGGAGUUCAUCGGGAAGAAGACCAUGAAUGUUCUGGCUGAGAGUGAUCCAGGUUUUAAAAAGACCAAGACUCUGAUGGAAAAGACCGCAUCUCUGAGUCAGAUGUUGAGGGAAGCCAAGGAAAAGGAGCGCGCACGUCUCAGCAACCAGCCGCUGAGUGAGCCCACAGCUCACUACGGCAUUCUCUUUGAUGACUACCAGGGCUUGUCCCACCUCGAGGCCCUGGAGAUCCUGUCCAAUGAGAGCGAGGCCAAAGUCCAAGCAUUCCUCUCUUUCCUCACGGAGGAAGAGCAGGAGGAGGUGAAGAAGGAGCUGAUUUUCAUUAAAGAGAUAUUCAUAAAGCAAGAAGAAGAAGAGGAUGAGGAGAAAGCAGGAGGAGAGACGAAGGAUAAUGGUGAUCUAAGUUCCCAAAUACACUGUUCCACCCCCAUAUCUGCCGACGGUGAGGAGUUUGUUAGCGUUCUGACUGAGCUGCUGUUUGAACUUCAUGUUGCCGCGACUCCAGACAAACUCAACAAGGCUCGUAUGAGAGCCCAUGAAUGGGCGAACAAAGUGGAGCAGCCAGGAGGAGUAACGUUUUCCGGAGAAAGCGCAGAGGAUCAGAAGGAUGAUGGCCAUAACAAAGAAGAAGAGAAGAAGAAAGAUGAAGAGGAGCUUGAGGACAAGAAGAGUGAUGGGGAAGAAAAGGAAAAGGAGCGUGACCUCCGAUCUGUCGAGGCCAUCUACCUGUCAUCAGUGGGUAGUCUGGCAGAAGUGACGGCGCGCAGUAUCGAACAGCUCCACAAGGUGGCAGAGCUCAUCCUUCAUGGUCAGGAGCAGGAGAAGCCAGCCAGGGACCAGGCACAAAUCCUCACCAAGUUGACAUGUGCCAUGUGUAAGGAGGUCGAUUGCUUGACCAAGCGGUUCUCUGGUACUCUUCUUCUAGUUGGGCCACAAAGGAAAGCAGAAGAGUUGAAUCCACUUGUAGACAGCGUCCUGCAGGAGGGGACCAACAGCACCAACUACAUCCAUAAUGCAUUUCAGCUGCUGCUGCCAGUCCUGCAGAUCUCCCACAUCCAGAGCCAGCACCGCCAAGCUGCUGCAGAGCCAGCAGCACAGCCGCAGCACUGACACCCUCAGUGCACCUGCUUGUGUUAAUGUACAGUUGUAAAGUAAAGCGCAGGGCUUUUAUGUGCCAUAAAGCAGGAGAUACCUUAGUGGGAGAAUAAACGUUCCUAAAGGAAGCAGAUAAAUGGACUAAUAACAUACAACAAUGACACAGAUGUGUUUAUCCGCUUCUUAUUUAAUAAAGCAACCUGUUAUGCUGAUAAAAUGCUUUUAAGCUCAGUGAAGACCAGUUAAUGAGGAACAACCAGCAGUGUGACCAUAGAUGAAGUCCUGCUGUGGCUCUGGCCUCUCCCUGUACACAGAUGACACUUUUCUCACUGGUUAAGUUUACUACAUGUAUAAAAUGUGCUUCUGCGGUAAAGUACAUGAACUUCUCUCACUAAGAGCUGAUGCUGCCCUACAGCUUGUGUUGACUGUAAUUAAACAGAAUGCACAAUAGAUUAAUUCAUCUUAAAACAAGAACAAAACAAGGGACAACAGGCACAAAGGAAAUAGGUAAAAACAUAAUGCUCUGAUUGUGGAGUGAUCAUUUUCUAAUUUUAACACUAUUGCAUCAAAGAAUUAGCUUUUUGUUCCCAUGUCUCUACUGAAUCGUUGGAAGAAGGGUUCCCCUGCUGCGGUAACAUUUUAUUUUAUUUUUUUUAAAUAAUAAAAAAUCAGGUGCAUCUAUGCAAAAGCUGAAAAUUAUAAAGCAUUCUGAAGAAAGGUGAUUUCCAUUCAUAUCAAUCAUUCUUCAUAAUACUCACAUUUAUAGAAAAAGACAUGAAUAGAGAAGUAAACCGUAACUGUUUUCCUCUGGAUUGAAACUAAAGAUUAGCAUUAUUGAAAAUUUACAUUAUAUUUGUCAUGCUGCCUUUUUGUUUCUCUGUUAAAUUAUAUGUGAAGCAACACUACCUUGAGUUUUGUUAACAGUUAUGCUUGGUUCCCAUAUUAUAUCCAUUGAAUGUUUAAAAAAAGACUAAAUGUUUAUUGUAUUAUGUUUUGGUCCUGCUGCAAAUAAAAACGUGUUAACAUCA